AUGGGUAACGAUGGUGGCAGUAUUCCAACCCGCCGCGAGCUUGUCCGCGAGGCCGCCCGCAACCCCAGCACAGCGCAACUUAAAGAAACCCAGCGCGAGCUCCAAGAGCAUCUCUGGGCGACCUGUCCGUUGUCGCACAAGCAACUUCUACGACCGAUUGUAUCCGACUGUGCGGGAAACAUGUACAACAAGGAUGCGAUCCUGAGGUUCCUUCUUCCAGGCGACGAAGUGGAGGGCAUCAGCUCGAAGGCUGAUUGCGAAGAGAUGCUGGCCGGCCGAGUCAAAGGUCUGCGGGAUGUCGUCGAGUUGAAGUUUGAGAUCGACACAGAGGGCGAGGGACACCCGAGUGCGAAGCUCGACAAGAGGGAGAGCUGGCUCUGUCCUGUUACUGCGAAGCAAUUGGGCCCGAACGUUAAGUCGGUUUAUCUUGUGCCAUGCGGCCACGUUUUCUCGGACGAGGCGGUCCGUCAGUUACAAGAGGAUAAAUGCCUACAGUGCAAUGAACCUUACGCCGAGGACAACAUCAUCCCCAUCCUUCCCACGAAGGUUGAGGACAAGCAGAAGCUUAUCGCGAGAUCCCAGCGACUGGCCGAGCAGGGUCUCACACAUUCAUUGAAAAAGGCACCUGGGUCGAAAAAGCGUAAGAACAAGGGCAACGGCGAUUCAACCGCAGCAUCCGAGACCAGGGCUUCCAACGGGGAAGCUUUAUCAAAGACUACGAUCACAAAGGACACACCAUCAGCCACAAGCCGGAGCAAUACAUCUACUCCUACACCAUCAGCACCAAAUGGAAUCAAGAAUGCAGCGACAGCAAUGUUGACUGCGCGAGUUCUGGAAGAAGAGAACGAGAAAAAGAAGCGGCGCAAGUUGAUUGGUGCGAACGACAAUAUCAGCAGUCUUUUCAAGAAAGACUCCAAAGAUGCACAAUACAGAAAUUCCGAUUUCAUGACGAGAGGUUUCUCGCUACCUGCAACCUCGAAGAAAUGA